GCUUUUAAUUUGAAGGUUCUGUCAUUACAUAUGCACGUGACGUCAUCAUUUGUGCUGUUGGCAGAACGCGAGCUUCCCGACCAACAUGGAGAGAAAAGUUUUAGCUCUUCAAGCGAGGAAGAAGAGGGCAAAAGCGAAGAAGUCCAGCAAGAAGCAUCCUGCCCACCCCAGGGGUACAGCAGCCCAGCAGCAGCCCCAGCCAGAGGCCUCUCCCCAGGAGCCAGAUGAGCCUGAGGAGAUCCUAGGCUCUGAUGACGAGGAGCAGGAAGACCCCAACGAUUACUGCAAAGGUGGCUACCACCAUGUAAAGAUAGGAGACCUGUUCAAUGGGAGGUACCAUGUGAUCAGGAAGCUGGGCUGGGGACACUUCUCCACUGUGUGGCUGGCCUGGGACAUACAGGUGAAGCGGUUUGUGGCUAUGAAGGUUGUGAAGAGUGCAGAGCAUUACACCGAGACAGCCGUGGAUGAGAUCAAACUGCUCAGAUCUGUGAGAAACACGGACCCUGACGAUCCCAAGAGGGAGAUGGUGGUUCAGCUACUGGAUGACUUCAAGAUCUCCGGCGUCAACGGGACUCAUGUGUGCAUGGUGUUUGAGGUGCUGGGGCACCACCUACUGAAGUGGAUCAUCAAGUCCAACUACCAGGGCCUUCCUCUGCCCUGCGUCAAGAGCAUCAUACGCCAGGUUCUCCAAGGCCUUGACUACCUUCACACCAAGUGUGAGAUCAUCCACACUGACAUCAAGCCAGAGAACAUCCUGCUGACGGUGAAUGAGCCUUAUGUGAGGAGGCUGGCAGCAGAGGCUACAGAGUGGCAGAAAGCAGGGGCUCCCCCUCCCUCAGGGUCCGCAGUCAGCACAGCACCAGCUCCAAAAGCAGUGGCCAAAAUGUCCAAGAACAAGAAGAAGAAGUUGAAGAAGAAGCAGAAGCGUCAGGCGGAGCUGUUGGAGAAGUGCAUUCUGGAUCUGGAGGAGAUGGAGAAGGCUCCGGGGAGGGGAGAUGAGGAGGAUGAAGAUGAAGAGGACCCAGAGUCUCCAGUCUCUUCCAAACAGCAGCGGACAUAUUGUGCUCCUCUCAGACAGGUUUCCUUACAGGAGACAUCCAGCCAAGACACAACCGCGUACAUUGCGGGUGCGGAAGUUACGCGGAUCGUACCAGAAAGCAUAAUAACUGAGGUAGAGGUGAACUUUAACGGCCUUCGUCCUGAGGAAGAGGAAGAUGAAACAGAGGAGAGGAAGGCACAGUGGAAGGAGGAAGAUCAACACAACGGUAACACAGACCCAGCAGAAGAUCACGGUCUUCUACAGGAGUCCAUAUUAUCAAACCCACAGGAGUCCAUAUUAUCAAACCCACAGGAGUCCAUAUUAUCAAACCCACAGGAGUCCAUAUUAUCAAACCCACAGGACUCCAAAAAGGUGUCAAAUGGUCAGGAGUCUCCACCUCCUCAACCUGUGUGUAACGGCCUGGUGUCCCCAGAAACAGAGGAACCUAAGACCCCAGAGAGUGAGGGGAGUGGAGCUCUACCCAGGAAGGUGACUGAGAUAAGGAGAGAAGCAUCUGAGAUGGAGUCAACAAGCUUCAGGGUCCGGGAGGAGGAGGAGGAACAGGAGAAGAAGAAUCAGGAGGAAGUCACGGAGGAGGCGCAGGAUAGGAGUUGGGAGGAGGAGGAGCAGAACAGGAGUCAUGAGGAGGAGGAGGCCACAGAGAUGCUGGAUAACAUCCAGGAGAGUCUAAAGGAUGCCAAACUAGCAGCAGGAAACCUCCUGGUCAACCCCCUGGAGCCACUUAAUGCAGGCAGACUGAAGGUCAAGAUAGCAGACCUGGGGAACGCCUGCUGGGUGCACAAGCACUUUACAGAAGACAUCCAGACGAGACAGUACCGUUCUCUAGAGGUGCUCAUUGGCUCUGGCUACAACACACCAGCUGACAUAUGGAGUACAGCCUGCAUGGCUUUUGAGCUGGCUACUGGGGACUACUUGUUUGAGCCCCAUUCCGGGGAAGAUUACUCCAGGGAUGAAGACCACCUAGCUCUGAUUAUUGAGCUGUUGGGGAAAGUUCCCCGCCACUAUGCACUGAGUGGGAAAUUCUCACAGGAAUACUUCACCAGAAGAGGUAUGCUACUGUGUGUCUGUGGCCUGCCCUGGGGGACGUGGGAGGGGUGUGGGAAGAGUAGGGAGGUAACGCAGACAAGGUCCUCUGACCGCAACAGAAGUCCCACCAUCCCAAUUGCUAACAUUCCAAUGUCCGAUUGGUACAAACUAUACUAGGGAUUGUUUGAAGUUCAAUUCAAAUCUCCUGACCAUCCGAUCUAAGCCACUAUGGCACCAAUGUUGAAGAACAUUUGCUAAUCAACUUGAUUGGAGGUAAACCAACACACUCCUCGCCUCUCGUCAUGAGCUGCCCAGCCGUUACCGAGAACCACGUACUGGAUUUUUAACAGGGUCAUUUAGCAUUAGGUGAAAAAAUGUCAAUUUCUUGCCCCAACCUAACAUACAGCUCAGUAUGUCGGUGUUGGAUGAGGAGACGACAGCGUCCAUAAAUUGAUCAUUGGACUUGUCACCUUUUUUGCACUAAAAUAUGUUUGUAAGGCCAACAGCUACUCAAUAGAGCAAGCUACAGUAAGACCAGGUAGAUAGAUAGAUUUCAAACAGGACAAACACAGCAGUUAGCUAUGCUACAUUGCAUCGACCAAAGAAUAACCAAGACUACAACUCGCACCAUAGCCAAUUUUUUUUAAUUUAAGAAACUGUAAGCUAGCUAUGUUGAACUGCAUAUAGAAAAUGGUUGAACCCCAUACGCACAUGUAAAUCAAAUCAAAUCAAGUGUUAUUUGUCACAUACACAUGGUUAGCAGAUGUUAAUGCGAGUGUAGCGAAAUGCUUGUGCUUCUAGUUCCGACAAUGCAGUAAUAACCAACAAGUAAUCUAACUAACAAUUCCUAAACUACUGUCUUAUAGACACAAGUGUAAGGGGAUAAAGAAUAUGUACAUAAGGAUAUAUGAAUGAGUGAUGGUACAGAGCAGCAUAGCUUCAGUUCAGUUGUGCACUGCAAGUGUGCAAAUGCAUGCUAGCAACUUACCAGACUGACAGCAGCUCUGUUUCAAACAUGUAGAAUAAAUUCUGUCAUUCUGAUAAAGUGUCAAGUUACUUUUCAGUGUGUGCCCAGAAAAUCUGAAUGUAAAAAGUAGUCUGGGUGUGAUGGUGCUGCACAGGUAAAACAUCAGAAUCAUUGCCUGCUUGAGUACGUUUGCAUACAGUGUUAAUUUGAUUAUGGCAGUAGGCAAAUUAUGCAUCUUGCUGGAACGGAGGCGAGACCAGCUCUGACUCUCAAGGGACGAGGUUAUUGCCCUCAUCUGUAAGGUGCAUGCCAUUCCUAUUGUACUGCCCAGGAACACACUGCUGGAUGGUAGAGGCCUAUUGUACUGCCCAGGAAGACACUGCUGGAUGGUAGAGGCCUAUUGUACUGCCCAGGAACACACUGCUGGAUGGUAGAGGCCUAUUGUACUGCCCAGGAACACACUGCUGGAUGGUAGGGGCCUAUUGUACUGCCCAGGAACACACUGCUGGAUGGUAGGGGGCCUAUUGUACUGCCCAGGAACACACUGCUGGAUGGUAGGGGGCCUAUUGUACUGCCCAGGGGGGCUGGGGGUGUAGUGUGGGCAUACGCCUGUCACAUAGAAAUGCAAACACCCAGCUGGUUGACAGAGCCGGGCCAUCUCUAUGGGUUUGUUGAUGGCCUCCUCUCACUGGGCCAUCUCUAUGGGAUUGUUGAUGGCCUCCUCCCACUGGGCCAUCUCUAUGGGCUUGUUGAUGGCCUCCUCCCACUGGGCCAUCUCUAUGGGUUUGUUGAUGGCCGCCUCCCACUGGGUUUGGACCAAAAAUCAACUUCCAUGGAAGAGAUUCUCUUUAAAACACACCACUUCGAUCCAGCUAGUUCGGAGAAUGUAACUUAGCAGGUUAGGAGAAUUAGGAUAAGGUUAUGAAAAAGGAUUAGGCUUAGCGAAAAUGCUCUCCUUACCUGCUACGAAAAGUCAUUUGUAUCGAAGUGGCGUGUUUUUAGGGAAUAUCCCGUCCGUGCACUUCUACGCCAAGGCCAGUCCGGACCGCACCAAAACGAAGUCCAAAAGAUGCCGGUGUAGGUCCCCGUAAUACGAAAUAACCAUCAACAAGCAAAUAACUUGAGGGAGCAGUGUCACCAAACAUCACCAAUUGCCAAAUAUUGAGGCUGCUUAUUUUAAUGCUUAGGCUAUGCACUAAAGCAAAUAUCUGACACAUUGGGCAUGUGUUAGGGCCUACAUAUCAAGAAUUUGGUGCAAAAGCAAUUGACAGUAUCCUACAAUUAUCAAAACAGAACUCUAUUUUACCUUUCUUUUACCUUUAUUUAACUAGACAAGUCAGUUAAGAACAAAUUCUUACUUUCAAUGACUGCCUAGGAACAGUGGGUUAACUGCCUGUUCAGGGGCAGAACGACAGAUGUGUACCUUGUUGGCUGGGGGAUUUGAACUUGCAACUUUUUGGUUACUAGUCCAACGCUCUAACCACUAGGCUACCCAUAAAAUGGAUGUCAAUAUCAUUUAAAUAUAUAGGCCAAUGCAAGCUACUGUAUUUUAAUGUAGUCAUCACGGUUUUCAUUUGAAGCAUAUAUUUUUUACCCUUUGCUUGUUUAUAACAAUUGCUAAGACAAUCCAGACGUUCCCAGGCUCUAUAGACCUCUGUAUGAGGGACUGUAAUCUUAACAGACCACCACUUGAUGUAAUGUUGGGCACCUACUGACCAAUGUUGUUUUAUGGAAAUAUAUGUUUCUCAAUGACAUUGCUAAAUAAAGGUUUAACGAACUAGUCAGGCACCACGUUAAUACAAUACAAAACGGCUCACACAAUCAAACAUGAUGGUCUUGUAAGUCUAAAGCAAAGCUUGCUUUCAUUUAAUAGUAAACAAGCUUGAAAAUGUAGUGGGAUGGGAUCACAUUGUAUUUUAUUGGUCACAUACAUGUGAUUAGCAGAUGCUAUUGCGGGUGUCGCUAAAUGCUUGAUUAGUGUGGUGUGUGUGAAGGAUCCAAUACUUUAACCUCUAUGUGGUACAAAUGACAUUGUUGUGGGAGCACCUCCUCUAAGAGGUCACUGACCAUCUCGAAUCCCACCGUACCUUCUCCGCUGUGCAAUCUGGUUUCCGAGCCGGUCACGGGUGCACCUCAGCCACACUCAAGGUACUAAACGAUAUCAUAACCGCCAUC